AUGGUGACCUCGGAAUUCAGCGGAGGCGAUAACCGGAUCGCUCGCAGUCCGUUGAGUUCGCUAAACUUUGUAAAGGCAUCUCUUUCCCCCGACUGGUCCGCGCGCCUGCGCCCAGUCGCAGGUCCCCCGCUUUCCGCCAUCCACAGCCGGGUUACGUCAAGAGCCGCGCGCAUUCCCCCAACCCGCGCCCGACUCUACCCCACGCCGUGCGCUUCCCCCGCUGCGAGGGGGGAUGGGAAGGCGCACGUGUGGCUGCCGCUGCGGCUGGGGAUGGGUCCAGGCGGGCUGGGUGGCAUAUCUUGGCAGCACGUGACUCUGCAUGUAGUGCAAGUGGCGGUGGAUUGUGCUACUGGGAUCGGACGGUCAUCCGUGCACGAUCAUAAGCGCCGUAGACAAAAACGAUCAUCAAACGUGGCAUCACAGUCCCCCUCAUCGCCAUCAGCAGCAGCAUCCUCGUUAUUAUCCGCCUCGUUGUUAGAAUCUUCAGCACCAUUGUCAACGUCUGGCGUUGCGAAGCUGCUGCAGACAGGAAACGCGGCAGCGCUGCUUCUCCUCUGCCAGGCACUCUUCCCUGCGUCCUUUUCUGUUGCAACACCCACUCUCGCUCUCCUCCACCUCCUCUCCUCCUCGCCCCUCCUCUCUCCCCUCUCCCGCCUCCUCUCCCCCCUCUCCCGCGCCCUCGCCCCCCUCUCCCGCCUACUCUCCCUCCGCCCCCCCUUGCGCCCGCGCCUAGCCAGCAGCACAGGCGGGGGAAAAGGGGAAAUCAGCCUGAGCGGGGAUGGGGGGUCGGAGGAAUUGGGGGAUGCUGAUUUGAGUGGUUGGGGGAAUCAGGAGGAUGUGGGGAGUGGGGGGGAUGGUGAUGACGACGGGGAUGAGGAUUUGUGGACUGAAAACAAGUCGGCCAUAAACGGGGAUGGAGGUUCUUGUAGUGCUGAUGGCGAUGUUUAUUAUUCUGAUGAUAUAGAUAGCGUUAAUUAUAACAACGGUGGUUGUAGUGAUACUGUAGCUGAGUCAUCUGUCAUCGUGCGUGACCUGGCUGAUGCUGACGUGGAGCAUGGUUGGGGAAGGCACCUGCGCCAGGUGCACCUGCAUGCGCCAGGGCAGGCGGAGGGGGAAGGCUGGGGGGAGAAUGGGGGAGGCGGGGGGAGCGGAGGCGUGUUUGGGAGGGCGGCUGUGGUGGUGGCAGUGGGCGGGGCGAUUCUGAAGAGGAUAGCGCCUAGAUUGCAUCACACGCUGGUCUGCCUGGGUGCGUCCCUGCCAAUAGCAGUGGAGUAUGAGCGAGUGCGGGUGCGAGUGGGGAAGGGCCCUGCAGGGGCGUGUGGGAGGGAGGGCGAGGCGGCAUGGCGGAGGGCGCAUAGAAGGGCGGCAAGCCGAGUGGCAAAGCUGAUCAAGACGUACCACGACAUCCCACAGGCUGGUGGCGUCUUGGACCUGACAGAAGCCGCCACUCUGCUGCACUACAGGACAAACAGUGCCGCCCCGUACAUCAUGCCAACUCCCAUCCUCCCCCCGUCAUUGGUUUCAGCAGCAGCAGCAGCACCACCCUUCCCAUUCCCUUCCCCAUCCCUCCCAUCACCCCACCCUUGGCCUUCCUCUCACACUCUGGUCACUCUCUCCUUUCCUCUCUCUUCCCCCUUCCGCUCUUGCAAACCUCAACAAGAGGAGAUGGAGAAGGGGGAAGUGGGGCAGGCAGUGGUGCGGGGAAAGAAGGGCGUUGAGGAGAGAGUGGAGAAAGGGAGGGCCAUGAGCAGCGGCAACAGCGGCAGCAUCAGCAGCAUCAGCAGCAGCAGCAGCAGUUUGGACAGCAGUAGUGAUAUGAUAAUCAGUGACAGCAGCACUUGGAAUGGUUCAGACACCAGUAGCAGCUGCAGCAGCCCCACCAGCAGCACCAGUACCAGCCCCACUAGCAACAGCCUUUGCAGCAGCGAACGUGCGAGCAAAGGGAGCAGCUGCAGCGGCGGCAGCAGGAGCAGAAAGACUAGCAGUAGCAACAACACCAGCAGCAGUGCAAUUUCGUUAUUUUUCAGGCGGCUUAAAAGCAGCAGCAGCAGCAGCAGCAGUACAACCAAGAGCAUUAUUGCCGUUCCUUUAGCAAGAAAGUGCCACCAAUGCCAGGGCUUACCAGACCCUUUACCCUUACCGAGCGUGACUAUAGAAGGAGAGACUCACGUACCCCCCUCUAACAGCAACCACGCCCUCUCACAACCCCAGCAGGGACACGUGGCGUGCUCUGAUUGGCCGCUGUCUCGCUGGCAGCAGGCCUUCUCUCUCUUCCUCCGGGCUCUCUUUCUCGCUCUCAUCUUCUCCCCCCUCCUCCUCCUUGGUCCCCUCCUACUGCUGCUGCACCACCUAUUGCCAGACGGACAGUCAGGCGAGGAGAAGAAGGAAGCACGAGAAGAGACAGGGGAGAGCAAGAGGGCAGUGGUCAAUCCAGCGCGGCAGGUCCAAUCCACACAAGGUUCCUCAAACGAAGCUCCUUCAAACGAGUUUUUCCCACAGCAAGCCGCCACCGCGCAGGAAGAUUUCCGAACGGAACCUUCCAUGAAGCAGCAGUGCCGCGACACCAUCCACCAGCUACUACUCUUCGCCCUGCGCCGCGGGGGAGCAGCGUUCAUCAAAUGGGGCCAAUGGGCCUCCACCAGAGAAGACCUACUGCCUCCCUCCCUCUGCCUCGUCCUGGGGUCCCUCCAAGACCACGCCCCCACGCACUCCUUCUCGCACACCCGCCGCGCCGUGCGGAAAUACCUCGGGUGCGAGUUGGAGGAUUUGUUUGUGGAGUUUGAGAGGGAUGCGCUGGCGUCGGGGAGUAUAGCGCAGGUGCACAGGGCGAGGGUGAGGGGUGCGUGUGCGCACGUGCCCGAGUGGGUGGUGGUGAAAGUGCGGCAUCCGCGCGUGGGGUUGCGGAUUAAACAGGAUUUUGAGGUGAUGGCGGGGGUGGCUGCGGUGGUGGAUCGGGUUCCUGGGCUCAGGUGGAUUCGACUGCAGGAUAGUCUCGAGCAGUUCAGCCAUACGAUGAGGGAGCAGGCUGACCUUCGAGUCGAGGCCUAUCACGCCCAUCGUCUGUACAAUGAUUUCUAUCCUGUGAGGGAGAGAGUGGUGAUCGCUCAGGUGCUGCCUCACCUGGUGUCCGAGGGAGUGAUCGUGGAGAGCUUUGAACGAGGGGAGCCGCUGCACCGGUUCCUGCACUCAAAGGAGAACAGCUCGCUCAACACACAGAUAGCAGCAGUGGGAGUAGACGCGUAUCUGAAGAUGCUGCUACAGGACAACCACAUCCACUUGGACCUGCACCCCGGGAACAUCCUGGCUCGCAUGGCGGCAUCGCCACCAGCACAAGCCACAGCGGAGGGCGUGCUGCAGACGGGGGCGCUACAGCAGGAGGGGCAGGAGCAGCAGGGAGCGCUGCAGCUGGUGAUUCUGGACUAUGGGCUGAUGGAGGACCUGUCAGCGCACGUGCGCUCCACCUUCCUCUGCUUCAUCGCCUCCAUCAUGUCCUCCAACGCCAAGCAAGCUACCCAUUUUCUGCUUCGGUUCGCGGCACCGUUCCCCCAGCGCUGCACCAACCGGGAUGCGCUAGAGGCUGACAUGCGCGAGCUGUUUGCCAGAGACUGCCAGCUACACCACCGAUGCAUGGACCUUAAUGAUGUGCUUAAAAAGGUUCUCCGGAUAUGCUGGGUGCACCAUGUCACAGUGCAUUCCUCGUACGCCUCGCUCCUUAUCGCCAUGUGUAUUCUAGUGGGAGGCAUUCGGUGCUACACCGCGAUGUUUUCCCCGUCGUCCAAUCAUGGCGGCGCGGGCCGAGCCUCGGGAUCAUCUCCGUCGUUAAGUGCGUCCCUUAGUGGCGGCGAUGGCGACUCGGAUGUGCUGGAUCACCGGCAACUGCUGGGGCUGCUGCAGGUCGAGCGCAGGGAUGCGCGGGGGGACGCGCGGGGGGAUGCGCGGGGGGACGCGCGGGGGGAUGCGCGGGGGGACGCGCGGGGGGAUGCGCGGGGGGAUGCGCGGGGGGACGCGGGGGGGGAUGCUGGGGGAGCGGGCCUGUGGAGGCUGGUGCCAAUCGCCAAGGAGCUGACCCUGGAUGCGGGCCAUUUCAUUGCAGUGCGGGCCAUUCAGGAGUUGAGGGAACGUAACCGGAGCUAUGGGAGGGAGCGGCCGCUGCUGGUGGGGAUUGGGGGGCCGUCUGGGUCUGGCAAGUCAAGUCUUGCGCAUCGCAUUGCCAGCACGCUGGAAGGAAGGGUGAUAGAACAGGUGAACUACAUGGAUGCAUCCUCACUCAUUCUUCACCGCCCUCCCUAUCCGUCCCCCUUCAGCCUCGCUCAUCGAAUUGCGAGCAUGUUGGAAGGAACGGUGAUAGAGCAGGUGAACUACAUGGACGCAGCGAGAGGAACGGGCGACAUGCAUGAUGUGAAUACCCUGGACAUGGAGUUAUUGCACCAACACAUGCAAGACCUGCUUGCCGGGCGGCCCAUUGAAAUGCCCCUCUUUGACUCUGUUGACCGCCGCCGCUCAGGGUUCCGCCUCAUCACGCCGUCGCCCUCCGCUGUGAUUCUCCUCAAGGGCGUGUACGCGUUACAUGCACGCCUGCGGCCCCUGCUGGACCUUGGGAUUGCCGUGGUGGGGGGGGUACACUACACGCUGCUGCAGCGGGUCAAGUCUGACGUGGCACAGAGUGGCCUCCAGCUGUCACUCGCAUCCGUCAUGCACUCGGUGUUCCCCGCCUUCCCACUGCACAUCGAGCCCACACUCGCACACGCUGAGAUACGCAUCAGCAACAGCUUUGUGGCCGACUCCCUGCGCCACCCCUUCUACAUCCUCAAGUCCGACCAAACGGUGGCAGAGGACAGAGUGAAACAGGUGCUGGGUUCGACCCGCACCACACGCAACGAGUACCGCUACGUGGACGUGGUUCUCUCACCGCCGCACAACCCCACGCGCACGAAAGAGUGGAUUCAAGUGCGGCAGUGCGGCAUAUGCCACUUCCCGCCACAUCCCAUGCCUCAUCCUCUCCCACCGCCGCAACACCCUUCCGUUCCUCAACCUCCCCCCACUGUCCACAGCUACGUGGACGUGUAUCUCUCUCCUCCUCACAACCCCACGCGCACAAAGGAGUGGAUCCGCGUGCGGCAGUGCGGCAUCCGCUACUUUCUGUCGGUGGGCGAUCAGAGGGUGGUGGACAGGAGCUUCAUCAUCCGCCCUCGAGCAGAGUUCGAGGUACCAUCCACCACCCUGCCUGGCCUCAUUCAGUGCUCAUACGCAAUAGCCGUAAGCUUCUCGCGAGACUCGGUGGUGCUCUCUAACGGCGACCUCUCAGUGUGCAUCGACACCAUCCACCUGGGCGAGGGGCGCAGCCGCACAUACACGCAGAUCAAGGGGCCGGACAGGCAGACGGUGCUGACUGCAGCAGCCGCUCUGCGACUGGAAGGGCCAUGGGUCACGGACGCUUAUGUCGACAUUGUCAUGCGGCAUGUUGCCCUCUCUGCUGCUUCUGCGCCUCUCCCUGUGCACCCGCGAGCCAUCAACGUGGGCUUGCCAGGCUCAUCCGGGGGAGGUACAACUCUUGGGGGGGGAGGUGCCAGCAGGGAAGGUAGAGGUAGCAGUGGUGGGCGUGGGGAGGAGAGAGGGGUGCAGGAGGGAGGGGUGGCAGAUCGAGGGGUGGAGGAGAGAGGGGUGGAGAGCGGUGUGGAGGAGCAGGAGCCAUGGACGCGGUCUCCUACGAGGGCGAGUGAAGCAGCAGCGAUGGCUGCCCCGGCAUCAUGGGGACUCACAGGCCUAGCGGACUCUGUAGGUCUCAUGCACACGCAGAUCAUCCAACACGCCGUGUCUGGUGCUGAGGCUGAAGUUGAACUUCCUCCAAGUGCCCCUGCUGCUAGUGCAACUGCUGCGGAAGAGGGGAUGGAGGCAGCAGGCGGCGAGGGUGUGUGUCAAUCGACCUCCACCCUUGCAACGUCCCCACUCGCGCAGGGAGAACCUCUGCCUGCUGCUGCUGCUGGUAGCGACAGGCAGCAGCAGCAGACAAGCCAGCAGCAGAGAAUCCAGUCAGGACUGGGCAGCCAAGAGCUUGGCAGUAACCAGCAGCGCAUGGGGGAUCAGCAGAGGGUGGUGCAGGGAGCACAGCAGGGAGGAGGAAUGGCAGAGGAAGGGGCUGCGAGGAGAAGUGGAGAAAGGGAGGGACCAGGGCUGCAAGCGAGGGGAGUCGUGGCAGAGCGGAGGGGAGAUGUGGAAGAGGAAAUGGGUGGUGAGGCAUCUGGAAUGGAAAGGCAAGGCUUGGCAACAGCAGCACCAGCAGCAACAGCAGGUUCGGCAUCGGCGUCUCAGAGGGCACGGUUCGACCUCAUUCCCAAGCGAGAGCAGUUCAACUUUGACAGAGGGCUCAGCCUCGCUGUCAUGGCCGUGCAGAAACUGCUCCGCAGCAACGGCCCUCCAGUCAUAGUGGGAAUCGGCGGACCCAGCGGCUCGGGCAAGACAAGCCUGGCGUGCAACCUCGCCCGUCUGCUCUCCUGCGACCUCCUCUCCCUUGACUCCUUUUUCAACGACGCAGCUGACGGCACCAACUACGAUGACGUGGCGGUCGUGGAUUGGCCACUGCUGCGCCGCACGCUCCAGGAUGUGCGGGAGGGGCGGAAUGCAGUUACCCCCGUGUUUGACUUUGGCUCGAUGAGGAGAGUGGGGUUCCGUCCCGUGCACAUGCAUGGGGAUGGGCAAGGGCAUGGCCGUGGACUGGUGCUGGAGGGAACGCACACGCUGCAUCCCCUCCUGCAGCAUCGGCUCGACCUACGCAUUGCUGUGGACGGGGGAGUGCACUCGCACCUGCCAUCACGAGUUCUCUCCGACCUGCAAGCAUGCAGCAUGCCACGACAAGCAGAGGAAGUGGAGGCAACACUCUUCCCGCUCUUCCGCACCCAGAUUCAGCCCUUCCUCUCCACGGCGCAUCUGCGAGUGGUGAACAACUUUGACCCCUUCCACUCCCGCGACGCCUCUCAGUUCGUCCUGAAGAGCGAUAAGAAGGUUACUGAGGAGGACAUACUGCGAGUGGUCGACGCUUCCACCCACCACCGGCGCCAGCUGUGCUACACAGACGUCUUCUUUUACCUGCCCGGGAUGCACCCAGAGGGGCCAGUGAGGGAGUCUGAUUGGAUUCGCGUCCGCUGCUGCAACAACCGAUUUGCCGUGCUUAUACGAGAGCCACUGACAGAGGGUGACUUUGUGAUUCAGCCACAAGUGGAGUUUGAUAUUGGGCUCUCUACCGUCGCAGGGCUUGUCAGGCUUGGGUACCAAGCAGGGUUGUUCAUGGAAGUCUCAGCCACAGUGUUCCAAGAUGACCAGAUCUCAGUGGAGAUGGUGGGAAUAAAGGGUCUGAACGGGAGGCGCUUUGUGCAGAUCAAGGGCAGCAGCCGGGACGCCGUGGCUGCUGCAGGGCGGGCCAUGAGACUGGAUGGGACGUAUGUUACCAAGCCAUUCGUGGAGAUAAUCCACGACAGCAACCGAGUGUUCUUCUCAGAGUCUGUGGACAUCCGUCGCAGCCAGCAGGCCGCCCGCCUGCACGCCUUGCUGCAACGGGUAUCCCCUCAGGCUGCUCCGUUGUUUCUUCCCAGCAGCACCACCACCACAAGCCAAGGCCAGCCACCCAUCACAGCCAGCUGGCAAGGCGGUAACGUGCCAGCACCAGCAGCGCAUGGCGGCACAGAGCAUCGGAGCAAAUACAGCAUGGCUCUCGCAGUAUCCAUGCCACCGCCCUCUUACUCAGCUGUCCCUUCUGCUACAUCUGAUGCUACUGCCGGAUUUGCUACAACUGGCACCACUACAGCUGGUGCAUAUGGUGCAGUGCCAGCCAUGCGCACUGUUGCUGCUGCUGCUGCCGCUACAGCUGCUGCUGCUGCAACUACAGCAGGUGGUGGUGCUACAGCUGGUGCUGGUGGCAGUGGUGAGUCGCUGCUGCCUCCAUCGGAGCCGCCGUCAGCUGCUGCUGCCACGUCAGCGUCGCAACAGCCAGCUGCCACGUCAGCAUCGCCCUCGACCGCCAGCUUGGCAGCCCGUCUGCAGCUGCUGGACGCUCGACUCACCUCGCUGGAGCGAAUGCAAUUUCUCAACACUGCUCUCCUGGGGUCGCUCCUUCUCUGCUGCUGUGUCGCCCUGCUCUUCUCCCGUCGCCCGCGUCGAUGA